GGCAGGUGAGGACGAGAGAGUUCAUCAACAUGAGCACGUAAGAGAAAGAAUCCAUCAAAGUAAAGCGUUGAAAUGUCGCUUCGGGCUCGUGGUUGUAGGAAAUGUCGAGGAGACUUGUAUGCAACGUUAUUCGGUACCAGGUGUCCGCCUUUCCCCCACCACUCCUGCGCCAAUCCUCUUAAUUCAGGCAGCUUUCGAAAGUGGAAUGAUAAUCUAACUGUUUUCAUGUCUCUCUUUCCAUGAUGUAGGUGUAGCUGCUCACCGUCCUAAAAUUAAGUACUCAUCAUACAUAGAGAUAGGACACACCCAAAAAUCUGAUACUGUAGCUGUAGCAGGAUGACAAAGUCGAUGAGAGUUUGCUAGGUGCGAUUCCCUUUCCCCUUUUUGUUUUCACCCCCUUCCCUUAUAUGCGGAUGAUAAGUAGUAAUCAUGGCAGCAAUGAGUUUUCCAUUUACUUUUCUUGUACUAGUCACAUUCUAAAAAUCAACGUCUUCACAUUACCGUUUUCUCGUGCUUCAAUUUGAACAAACGAAGACUUCCCAAACAACAAAAAGGCUACGUCGAGGUUCCACUUGCUAUUUUCAUGAAAAAUUUUCAGCAAUAUUUUUGAACUAUUCCAUCUUUCGGGUCUCUUACCACAACAACGUGAGCAAAACGCAGUGAAGCAAUAGAGGAGUCACCUCCUCAAAAGAACGAACAAAAAAUGUCCUGGCUAAAACAGGGUCAACCGCGGCCUCUGGCCGCGACCGGCAAUCUCGUCUUUGGACGCCUAGCCAAAGAGCAUCCUCACAUGCGCUCGAGCGAACGAUCGUCAUUUCUCGACAACCAAGGCAACGCGUCGCAUCAUGUUAUGGGGAUGGUUUUGGAACUUCUCACUUGUCAGGAUAAGAAGUAGAUCACGGGUAAGUAUUUUGUUCCUCUUCAGGGAAAUCCCAGGGCAAAAUCCUAAUCGACUAACAUCAAAAAAGAAUUUACUUCUUUGCUCCACAUCUUUAAGUAAAAGAUGAACAAGUCAGGAAAACAAGCAUUGACGCGUCAUCUCCUGAUUCCCCAUGCUGCAAUCCCAAUCCCUCCAUCCUUUCCCAAGUACUUUCAUGUCCCGCUCGCAACAUCACCACAACCGUAGUGGACAACACUUUAGCCGCGAUCACCACGUAGAGUCGAAAGAUGCAUUACAAGGGUUGCUUGAGGGCGUGCGCUCUAGCGGAUAUGGACAAAGGAUGCGUGGAACUACUGGCGGAUUUGAGACAGGAAGGAGUUUUAUGCCAUAGAUGUUGAUGAAGGUCGAGAUCGUGCAUCAGAGUAGGAUGAAGUUGAAAAUUGUUGAGAUUUUUGGUCUUUCUCUUUCAGUCCUCAAGACUUAAAGAAAGAAAUUAGAAGUACUAGAUGACAGGUUUGUUUUGGGGAUAGAAAUACAAAUACGGUGCUUGGAAUUAGAUGAGGAAAACACACUAGCAAUGUAUUGACAUCGUGUGAUGAAUCCACCCAGUCCCUCAUCCUCAAUCACUGACGCCUUUCAUACGGCUAUUGAACCAACGACGACUUCGCAAUCGCUCAGUCGAACAGGUAGAUUUCGCACCCCCUCGUGGUGGCACCAGAACUAGCACUCCUACGCAAGCCAAGCAGACCUACGCCAACAGAUUUGGCACUGGGCCCGUCAGAUCCGGUAGCAGUCAUACUCAGCGUCAGAGCCACCAUGGCGCCCGAGGGCAUCAUGGUGGGCAUGGUGGCGGCAGCAGUGGACCUGAGGGAAAUCCACGUGUGGUAUCUGCGCCUCAUCGUGUCGUAGGCGGUGGCGGGAACACACGCACUGGAGGAACUCACGAGGGAUUGGAGGUGAAUUACUGGGAUCAGAAUGGACGUGGAUUGCAAAAUUUGACAUUGGCUAAUUAUGGCAAGGUGUACAGUUGUACUGAUUGAUGUACAGUUCCUGACUUUUUUGACCUCCUGGCUUCUGUUUCCGCACAGUAUAAGUAUCUUAAGUAAGUAAUCUUUUUCUCUCUCUAACCUGCUGGCUUCGGUUUCCGCACAGUACGUGGCCAGCGCGCAGGCAGCCGCGAUCAAUCUACACCUUUCGCAUCCGAUAGCGAGCACGAGACUCAACAUGCUAGUUCCCAACAACAUCGCGGACGCCUGAAUCAACAAAGUAUGAUGAGUCAAAGCCUAAUGAGUGACGGAGGUGGUCGUGGACCCAUGGGUCGAGGUGGUUCUAUGCUACAAAACUCCACUAGUCAGCGCGACCUUCGAGUUGCAGGAAAUAACGGAUCUGGACUGCACAGCACAGCAUCAGCGGGUAACCUCGCUGGAGCGGAAAAUGCGGGUUUGCAACAAGCGGCAGGACAGGGAAUUUAUGUUGGAUCUAUUUUCUUAAUAUUCUUCAUUUCGUACAAGACUAAUUAUAGCUAGAUUCUGAGAUUCAUUUAGAAUCUUUGUAGACUCCAAUGUAGUAGUUCUCUAAUGUCUAGUACAACAGUUUCUGAAGUAGUUGAAGUUCGAGUUGUUCCACUAUCUUCUCAAGUUCAGCAAUUUUCCUCUAACCUCCGGGACACCAACAAUUAGCCGUGAUCAAGCCGCGUGCUUAUGGUGCAGAGGACGCCAAUCCAGGUUUUAGACCAGCUAUGGAAGACGCUUACAUUAUCAAGGAUUCCUUCGGAGGUGAUCCUAGUUGGAGCUAUUACGGUUGCUACGAUGGGCAUGGUGGCAAGGCUGUGGUCGACUACACACUGGCGCAUCUGCACGAGCUCUUCCUAGAGGAGAUGCGCGCCGUGAACUUCGAGUUCUCGCAGAUGGGAAAAGUGUUUGAGCGAGCCUUUCAGACGAUUGAUAACCAACUACGACACUUGGGGUGUGCGUGGCACUGUGGAACGACCUGUACUGUGGGGUUAGUUUACACACCACCUAGUCCAGCGCAUAGUUCCGCAGCAGGAACGGCAGUGGGACCGAAUCAGAGGACUAAUCUUAUGAGGGCACGAUUGAAAGUUGUUGUUUUAGGUUUUUACUUUGAUGUGUACCUGUAGACAUCAGGGAAAUCCGUAAAACUCAGAAGAGAUUCAGGGAAGUCGUAGGACAAUUCCGAACCGACUAACAUCAUCGUCAUACCUGUAGAAUAGAAAUUAUCUUCCUUCCUCAUGCGAUCCCUCUGUAGUUCUGUACUUGCAGUAUGAUCAUGGACUUCCUUGAACCAAUUCUUAAUCUACAUGAUUAUGUGAUUUUAGACACAAUGGUCGUCCGACGUUUUUGAAUAAAUCUCCGACGUUUACUAGGUUGUAAAUGAAAUACAAAAACUUUUGUAUUUCAUUUCCAACGUGGCUCUACUCGAGCCUGUUUCGUCCCGGACAACACGGCAUGGGCGUAGAGCCGUGGACCUUCUACCUUGAACCUUGAGCGGUAGGCUCUUUUUGUAUUUUAUUUCCAACGGUCGUGGUCCCCCGUAGGUUCUUUUUGUAUUUCAUUUACAACGGAGGUCGUCCCCAUUGUCAUGAACAGACCACAUUGUUCCACUUUCAUCCUCCGCGGCGGCGACCUAAUCGUAGAAACGCCGACCAGAACACUGUUUAUCGGAAACGUAGGAGACUCUAGAGCCAGCUUGGUGAAUGCCACAACUGGUGGAGAGCGAUUGACAGUAGACCACAAGGCCUCCGACCCACAAGAGUAUGCACGCGUAACGCAAGAAGGCGGCGUCAUCAGUAGAGGGAGAGUGGGAGGACAGCUGAUGCUCACAAGGUAAUGAAUAUGAAUAUCUUAGUUGUUAAUCUUCUUAGUUAUAGUUACUGUGUGUUGCUGUUGUAGUUAAAAAUAUUUUAUUCAAAAAAAUAUUGAUUGGUUUUGGUGUGUUGACUCGGUCUUUCCACCACUGCUCUUAGAUUAUUGAAUAUUGAUUGGUUUUGCUGUCUUGACUCGGUCUUGCCUCUACAGGGCCCUCGGCGACUUCGCAUUCAAAUCCUCUGGAGUGACAUGCAAACCAUACUUUGCGCAAAGAGAGCUGAAGUCGGACGAUGUUUGCGUGUGCCUAGCAAGCGAUGGCCUAUGGGACGUGAUGGAUGAGGACGAUGUCGCGCGCAUCGUGCUAGCAAGGGAUAGGAAGUUAUGGCUGGUGAUGGAAUGCUGUUUCAUUGAAUGCUCUUUCAUGGAACAUCGGAUUUUUUCGAUCCCAUUUUCAUUUGUUCGAUUUGAUAGAGAUAGGUGUACAUCUAGUACAGAUUCAAGCACUGAGUUCUCAUUCUCUGCUUGCUUCAAAGCUUAUCUGUAUAUGAGGGCUGAGUUGUUGAAACUGCUACAUUCGAUUUCCUCUAAGAAUCCAUAGCGCCGACAAGCUCCGACGAGUGGCGCAGAACCUCGUAGACAUCGCGAAGAACCGUGGUAGUGCGGACAACAUCACGGCGUGUGUAGUGUUUCUGUAACACUCUUCAAGUACUUUAUCUAUUACUUCAUUGUCAACACUCUUCAGUUUCUAGUAACACUCUUCAGCGCAAGUACUAGAAAACCAUCCGGCAACACUGAUGCCGCCUACCGAAAGUAGUACUAGCAGCCAGAGCUGAACAAGCAGAUGUCGCCGACAAAUGACGAACAAAUUUGAGAACUUGUUAGGAAAACGAAUGAUUCACUUUCACAGGAUUAGUAUUAGAGACUGGCAAUUUAUGUUAUCUAUUUGCUUCACAUGACUGACAAAAAUGAAAUGAUUGAAGUUAUUCGAAUUGAACAAAUGAUCUAAAAAAGACCUCGUCUGCCUCUGUCUGAGUCAUGAUAGAAUUACGGCGCCUAUCACCUUCAAUAUUAUGAGCUCCUUACAUCAACACCACAAUAUUCUUAAGUGCAUUACCUAUCGACACUAGCAGUAUUCAAACAGAACUAUUACAUUCUCAUUCUGAUAUUAGAUACACUUCUUCUGAGCAAGAACAUUAAGAACGUAUUGGUAUUAGCUAUCGUAUAUAAGAAGGUUAGGAGCGGGUGAUCUUAUUUAGAGUUAUCCGUUGUCCUACUUCAUCAUCAAACCGAAACCUCACAUGUUCGUUAACUAGUUGUAGCAGCAUGACCAUGCGCAACAAGAGCACGCACGGCGCACGCUGCUCUGUGAUAAUAUUUAACUGGCUUCGCAUUCUAACUUGUAAUCUUCAUAUUCAAAUGAACUUCGCUAUGAUCGCUAAUAUGUUUGUUUGAUUCGUCUGGUUUAGUAUUCAACAUUGACAUUCUAGAUAGAUUUUAGGUUUAAGAAAGAAUUAGAACUAGAUGUAGUUGUACUUGUAGUUGCACUACCGCUACCCUGAAUAGAGAAAAUGAAUUUCCCAGCACUAGAUUGUGUAAGUCUAGACCGCACAUCGAAAAAUUUUGAAAACAAACAUGGCAUUACUGCUCGUUGUAUCUUCCCUACUACAACGACAAAGCUAUCUAGACAUGCACGAAAUAUUAACAUGUAGGAAUAGAAGUCGUAGCUGUGUAACCAUCCAUGUAUCAACGUGUCAUGAGAGCAGUUGUGAAUUCCCAUUUUUUGAGCGACCAAAGCAAAAAGCAGUAGCACAGGCUCCUAGUGCCAGUCUUCAUCCACAUCAUGAUAGACAUAAGAAUGUACUUUGCUCGUUCUAGUAGUAUUCCCAGUAAUGGGCGAUCGGGGGAACAACAAGAAAUAGAAAUUCAAGGUUGGCCGGCAAGAAGAACGAUACCAGUGAUGAUUACUCAUCCUGGGUCAUAUAGGCGAAGCAGCUUAUUGUCUCUCAAUAACGCAUUGACUUCUAAGCCGAAGAUAUAGGCUUCCCUGUUAUUUGAUGGGUUGGGGGCAUGCACGAGCACAUGGGGGACCGAACUACUAUGGCAACAAGAACAUGACCAUACGUAGGUGGAUAGGCAUUGAAUCAUGAUAUGUCUGGUGUAGUUCGAGUUCCUAUCCCAGCGUACAGGUCGUCACUCAAGUUGAAGGAAUCGCCUUCCUUCAACGACGUGACUGGCUUGUAUACAAACCUUCACAAAAAUUCAACCUGGUGUCCUAGUAGACCUUCUACAUCUGUUGACAAAAUGCCUCAUUGAUCGUUGAUAUUCAUGUGCUUUAUUCUCAAAAAAAAGUUAAUGUAUCAUGUUGCACGCAAGCAAUUGUCUUCAUAAACUUAAAGCUUAAAAACAAAAUAGCCCUCAUCUUGAUGAGCUUCCUCCGUGCUGCACCAGGAAAACGAGAACUUGUACUAAUCGAUCCCCUUCCUCAUGGUCAAGACGACCUCACUCAAAAUAUCACAAAAACUAUUUCAAAGACAAAAAAAUACGGUAUUCAUAAAAUGAACAGAAUAAAACAAUUGAGCAGCCACUGCUGGCCACAGCACCUGUGAAAUGCAGCAGUCAGUGACAGUGCCCGUCAACCCCAAUAAUACCAAUGACCAAAUAAGAAAUGAAAAUGAUGUAACCUUCUAUGAACAUCAUGUUGUAUUUUUGGCUGAUACAACUAGCUUCUUACCUUGAAUGCUUCUUGUACUGGUUCCUGUAGGACGAGGUGGGAACAGGAAGCAGUAGGCAUACACAGGUAUUACUUUGUGUUCAGGUUCAUCAGAGAAGAAACUCUAUCGGAUGAAACCCGUUUCGUGGCC